CAACUUGGGAGCCUAAAGGGCCUGUAAAAGAAUCCUUAUAUGGAAUAUGGGCAGGCCUUGAUAAGUCUUUCAGUAUUCAGAUGAAUAUCUAUUAGUAAAAUUCAAAUUUCUAACUCAGCACAAUCAAAAUUCGUGAGAAAAUUCUAUUUUUGUGCCAAAUUCGGGCAAUUGAUUCUUUGUACAACUAUUGUCGGUCAAUGCCAUGGGAGCCACGAGAGUUAGACCCUAUUCGGAGGCGGAGUCCAAGGCCCUUAAGAAGUUCCUGAGGAGCUACAAGCGGUACCAUGCCGGCAUGGAUGAAGAAGAGGUCAGGAGAUCGGGGGAAAAUGCCUGGGGGAAGCUUUUGCCCCAGCAAAAGAAGCACUUUGAAGUGAGACCCAAAACUAUUGCCGUCAAAGGAAAAUCGAUUGUGAAAAGGAAGCCGGCGACCAAGCAGAAGAAAGCCGUUUGCGGUAUGCGUAGUCAGGCCAAGAAGAAAGCCAUGACUAGGGCCAGGACAGCUCCUCCAAGUCCCAUGAUGAGUACCGCCUUCAUAAACUUCUUGCGCGAGCACCAGAAGCAAAAUGCCCACUUGACCGUCAAGAAGAGGCUGCAAAAAGGCGCUGUGUUGUGGUCAAAGCUCACUAAACAACAGAAAGAUCAAUAUCGCACGAUGGCCCCUAAAAGGAGAAGAAAAAAUUAACUAUGACUAAAUGAUAUAAUCUUGGAUCCUUCUAACUGGUGUAAAUGUAUUUUCUAUUUCAAAAUAGUUCUCAUUUCGGAAUGAUCCAAUAAAAGUGAACAUAAAGGUUUUACUUCCGCAAUAA